AUGGCUCACCGUCUCCGGUUUUAUGGUGAUGGGCGGCGGCAGAUCCACCAGGGCCAUAGCCUGAGACAUAUAUAUGACCACUUCACAAACCUCUACCCACAGCUGAUUAAUAAACGUUCCGUGGUGGAUAAAGUACAGGAGUUUUUAACGAAGCAAGAUCAGUGGGCCCGGGAUAACAUCAAAAAUUACAAGGAUGACCCAUUUUGGAGACACACAGGCUAUGUUAUGGAACAAAUGGAUGGGCUAUAUGUAGGAGCAACAAAGAGGGCUAUAGUAGAAGGAACAAAGCCCAUAACCCUGUUCCAGAUUCAGUUCCUGAAUGCUGUUGGAGAUCUGCUGGACCUGAUUCCCUCACUUUCUCCCACAAAAAACUUCGGCCUGGAGUUUUUUAAGAGAUGGGACAUGGGACAUUGCUCUGCUCUUAUUAAGGUUCUUCCUGGAUUUGAGAACAUCUUUUUUGCUCACUCAAGCUGGUACACGUAUGCUGCCAUGCUCAGGAUAUAUAAACACUGGGACUUCAACAUCAGUGAUAAAGACACCAGCAGUAGUCGCCUCUCUUUCAGCAGUUACCCAGGGUUUUUGGAGUCUCUGGACGACUUUUACCUUCUCAGCAGUGGUUUGGUAUUGCUGCAGACCACAAACAGCAUGUAUAAUAAAACCCUACUGCAGCACGUGGUACCCCAGACUCUCCUGGCCUGGCAAAGAGUCCGGGUGGCCAAUAUGAUGGCAAACGGAGGCAAGCAGUGGGCAGAGGUCUUUUCAAAAUACAACUCUGGCACAUAUAACAAUCAGUACAUGGUCCUGGACCUGAAGAAGGUAAAUCUGAACUACAGCCUUGAUAAAGGCACUCUGUACAUUGUGGAGCAAAUUCCUACAUAUGUAGAAUGUUCUGAACAAACUGACGUUCUGCGGACAGGAUACUGGCCCUCCUACAACAUUCCUUUCCAUGAAAAAAUCUACAACUGGAGUGGCUAUCCAAUGUUGGUUAAGAAGCUGGGUUUGGACGACUCUUAUGAUCUGGCUUCACGAGCCAAAAUCUUCCGGCGUGACCAAGGGAAAGUGACUGAUAUGGAAUCCAUGAAAUAUAUCAUGCGAUACAACAAUUACAAGAAUGAUACUUACAGUAACGGUGAUCCCUGCAAUACCAUCUGCUGCCGUGAGGACCUGAACUCACUGAAUCCAAGUCCUGCAGGUUGCUAUGACACCAAGGUGGCAGAUACCUACCUGGCAUCCAAGUACACAGCCUAGGCCAUUAGUGGGCCCACAGUACAAGGUGGCCUCCCUGUUUUUCACUGGAGCCGUUUCAACAAAACUCUCCAUGAGAGCAUGUCAGAGGCCUACAACUUUGAUUUUAUUACCAUGAAACCAAUUCUGUAA